GGUUCCCAAGGCCCUCCCGGUGGAGUGGGUUCUAUGGGAGGCAAUGGAGAAAAGGGAGAGAGCGGUGAAGCCGGCAACCCUGGACCAUCUGGAGAGCCUGGAGGUGGAGUAAGUAUCCUGUUUGAUUCAAAUACAGAACAUCUACAUGUUUCAGUCAAUAAAUUAUAAUAAGAACAGCUAAAACAUUUCUUAGUGUAAUGUAUUUUCAUUUAUGUAUAGCAGUGUGUGAUUAGGUUACAAAUCGGGGUGUUCAUAUUCCUUAAUUGCAGCUCUAAUUGAGCAUUGUUUAUCAUUUGUGACAGUCCACAGUAGAGAGUCCUUCCUCUUACUGCGUCCCCCGCUGAUGAUUCACAGUUUAGUCCAAAGACAGGGCGUUCUCUUAACACAUCAUCAUUAUCACAGUCUCAGCUCUGAACUAUUCAUCACAACAACAGUGGGAAGUUAGGUUCCUUUUAGGAGAGGAGAGGGGUGGUAUAACUGAUCUGGGACCAGGCUAUGUACAGUUUUCUUGGCUACCCAGACACCUUACUCCGGCCAAGCGCUAGGCCACGCCCACGGACGUUAGUACCUCCCCAACGAUUUCUAGAACGCAAACACAUUCUAGCCAGGCUGGUCCUUACUGUAUUAUAUGUGCUGUGGCCAACUCUUCUAGCCAGGCUGGUCCUUACUGUAUUAUAUGUGCUGUGGCCAACUCUUCUACCCAGGCUGGUCCUUACUGUAUUCUAUGUGCUGUGGCCAACUCUUCUACCCAGGCUGGUCCUUACUGUAUUCUAUGUGCUGUGGCCAACUCUUCUAGCCAGGCUGGUCCUUACUGUAUUAUAUGUGCUGUGGCCAACUCUUCUACCCAAGCUGCUCCUUACUGUAUUAUAUGUGCUGUGGCCAACUCUUCUAGCCAGGCUGGUCCUUACUGUAUUCUAUGUGCUGUGGCCAACUCUUCUAGCCAGGCUGGUCCUUACUGUAUUAUAUGUGCUGUGGCCAACUCUUCUAGCCAGGCUGCUCCUUACUGUAUUAUAUGUGCUGUGGCCAACUCUUCUACCCAAGCUGCUCCUUACUGUAUUCUAUGUGCUGUGGCCAACUCUUCUACCCAGGCUGGUACUUACUAUACCAGGGUUUUCUGCAUAGGAAAUACUUGGCGCCGACUGCCUGAAUGUCAACUCUUCGAUCAAGCCUCUCUGAAAGAGGGGACAUUAGGAUCAAUAUCAUAGAUCACAGCUAUGCUUCCAUCCGACCCCAGCCCAUUAAAUUCAUAUCAAGAGCGUUGAUCAUUGAUCGCUGUCUAUGCUGUGGUUUGUGGCUGUAUAGUCCUCUCAGGUUUAGUCAGUACACUACAGUACACUACAGUACACUGGUCACUGAUAGGUUCAUCUGGCUGCGUCCCAAACGGCACCCUAUUUCCCUAUCUAGUGCACUACCUUUGACCAGGACGUAGGGGAUGCAUUUGCCAUUUGGGACGUAGACCCUCUCUCCUCCUCUACUCUGCGUCCAUCAGGUCAUAUUGACAUGGCUGGCUGCUCUUCUAUCUGUUUACAGUGUCAGAACAAAACAGACAGGGACAGAGAGUGACAGGUAGGGGGGGAACAGGGAACAGGGACAGAUAGUGACAGGUAGGGGGGGAACAGGGACAGAUAGUGACAGGUAGGGGGGGGGGAACAGGGACAGAUAGUGACAGGUAGGGGGGGGAACAGGGAACAGGGACAGAGAGUGACAGGUUAGGGGGGGGGAACAGGGACAGAUAGUGACAGGUAGGGGGGGAACAGGGACAGAUAGUGACAGGUAGGGGGGGGGGGAACAGGGACAGAGAGUGACAGGUAGGGGGGGAAACAGGGAACAGGGACAGAUAGUGUGACCAGGUAGGGGGGGAACAGGGACAGAUAGUGACAGGUAGGGGGGGGGGGAACAGGGACAGAGAGUGACAGGUAGGGGGGGGGAACAGGGACAGAUAGUGACAGGUAGGGAGGGAACAGGGACAGAGAGUGACAGGUAGGGGGAGGAAACAGGGACAGAUAGUGACAGUAGGGGGGGGAACAGGGACAGAUAGUGACAGAUAGGGGGGGGAAACAGGGACAGAGACUGACAGGUAGGGGGGGAACAGGGACAGAUAGUGACAGGUAGGGGGGGGAACGGGGGAAAGGGACAGAGAGUGACAGGUAGGGGGGGAACAGGGACAGAUAGUGACAGGUAGGGGGGGAACAGGGACAGAGAGUGACAGGUAGGGGGAACAGGGAACAGGGACAGAGAGUGACAGGUAGGGGGGAACAGGGACAGAGAGUGACAGGUAGGGGGGGGAACAGGGACAGAGAGUGACAGGUAGAGGGGGAACAGGGACAGAGAGUGACAGGUAGGGGGAGGACAGGGACAGAGAGUGACAGGUAGGGGGAGGGGAACAGGGGGGGACAGGGAAGAGAGAGUGACAGGUGGGGGGGGGGGAACAGGGACAGAGAGUGGACAGGUAGGGGGGGAACAGGGACAGAGAGGGGUGGGGAACAGGGACAGAAGGACAGGUAGAGGGGGGAACAGGGACAGAGAGUGACAGGUAGGGGGGGAACAGGGACAGAGAGUGACAGGUAGGGGAGGACGGGGGGGGGAACAGGGACAGAGAGUGACAGGUAGGGGGGGGGGGGGGAACAGGGACAGAGAGUGACAGGUAGGGGGGAACAGGGACAGAUAGUGACAGGUAGGGGGGAACAGGGACAGAGAGUGACAGUAGUAGGGGGGGGGGGGAACAGGGACAGAGAGUGACAGGUAGGGGGGGAACAGGGACAGAUAGUGACAGGUAGGGGGAACAGGGAACAGGGACAGAGAGUGACAUGUAGGGGGGGAACAGGGACAGAGAGUGACAGGUAGGGGGGGGGGAACAGGGACAGAGAGUGACAGGUAGAGGGGGAACAGGGACAGAGAGUGACAGGUAGGGGGGGAACAGGGAGGGGGAGGGGGAACAGGGACAGAGAGUGACAGGUAGGGGGGGGGGAACAGGGACAGAGAGUGACAGGUAGGGGGGGGAGGGGGGGGGAACAGGGACAGAGAGUGACAGGUAGGGGGGGAACAGGGACAGAUAGUGACAGGUAGGGGGGAACAGGGACAGAGAGUGACAGGUAGGGGGGGGGGGGAGAGAGGAGGACAGAGGGGACAGAGAGUGACAGGUAGGGGGGGGGGAACGGGACAGACUAGUGACAGGUAGGGGGGGGAACAGGGACAGAGAGGACAGAGUAGGGAAAGGAGGUGGGGGGGGGAACAGGGACAGAUAGUGACAGGUAGGGGGGGGGAAGGGAGGAACAGGGAAUAUAGUGAAGGUAGGGGGGGAGGGGGGGAAGACAGGGACAGAGAGUGACAGGUAGGGGGGGAAACAGGGACAGAGAGUGACAGGUAGGGGGGAACAGGGAACAGGGACAGGUUGACAGGUAGGGGGGGGGGGGGGGGAACAGGGACAGAGAGUGACAGGUAGGGGGGGAACAGGGACAACUAUGACAGUAGGGGGGAGGGGGAGGAGGGGAACAGGGGACAGAGAGUGACAGGUAGGGGGGGAAACAGGGAACAGGGACAGAGAAUGACAGGUAGGGGGGGGAAGGGAAACGGGAACAGAUAGUGACAGGUAGGGGGGGGGGAACAGGGAACAGGGACAGAGAGUGACAGGUAGGGGGGGGGGGGAACAGGGACAGAGAGUGACAGUAGGGGGGGAACAGGGGAAGAUAGGUGACGGUAAGGGGGGGGGGGGGAGGGAAAGGGACAGGGACAGAUAGUGACAGGUAGGGGGGGGGAGGGAACAGGACAGAGAGUGACAGGUAGGGGGGGAACCCGGGACAGAGAGUGACAGGUAGUGGCGGGAAGGGACAGAUAGUGACAGGUAGGGGGGAGGAACAGGGACAGAGAGUGACAGGUAGGGGGGGGGGUAGGACGGGACAGGGACAGGAUAGUGACAGGUAGGGGGGGGGGAACAGGGACAGAGAGUGACAGGUGGAGGGGGGGGGAACAGGGACAGAGAGUGACAGUAGGGGGGAACAGGGACCAGAGAAGUGACAGGCUAGGCGGGGGGACAGGGACAGAGCAGAGUGACAGGAUAGGAGGGAACAGGGACAGAUAGUGACAGGUAGGGGGGGAACAGGGACAGAGAGUGACAGGUAGGGUGAGGGGAACAGGGACAGAUAGUGACAGGUAGGGGGGAACAGGGACGAGAGUUGACAGGUAGGGGGGAACAGGGACAGAGAGUGACAGGUAGGGGGGGAACAGGGACAGAUAGUGACAGGUAGGGGGGGAAACAGGGACAGGAGUGACAGGUGGGGGGAGGGAAAGGGAACAGGGACAGAGAGUGACAGGUAGGGGGGGAACAGGGGACAGAAGUGAAAGGUAGGGGGGGAACAGGGAAGAGAGUGACAGGUAGGGGGGGAGGGGCGGGAACAGGGACAGAGAGUGACAGGUAGGGGGGAACAGGGACAGGAGUACAGGUAGGUGAGGGAAGAGGGACAGAUAGGACAGGUAGGGGGGGGAACAGGGACAGAGAGUGACAGGUAGGGGGGGGGGGACAGGGACAGAGUGACAGGUAGGGGGGGGGGGAGGGAACAGGGACAGAGAGUGACAGGUAGGGGGGAACAGGGACAGAGAAUGACAUGUAGGGGGGGAAGGGAAAGGGACAGAGUAGUGACAGGUUAGGGGGGGAAACAGGGACGAGGUGACAGGUAGGGAGGGGGGAACAGGGACAGAUAGUGACAGGUAAGGGGGAGGGAGGACAGGGACAGAGGUGAAGGUAGGGGGCGGGGAACAGGGACAGAUAGUGACAGGUAGGGGGGGCGGGGGGGGGGAACAGGGACAGAGAGUGACAGGUAGGGGGGGAAGGGGAACAGGGACAGAGAGUGACAGGGUAGGGAGGGAACAGGGACAGAUAGUGACAGUAGGGGGGAGGGAACAGGGACAGAGAGUGUGACAGGUAGGGGGGGGGAACAGGGACAGGACAGUGACAGGAGGGGGGAGGAGAACAGGGACGAUAGUGAAGGUAGGGGGGGAAGGGGCCAGGGAACAGGACCGAGGUGACAGGUAGGGGAGGGAACGGGACAGAGUGACAGGUAGGGGGGAAGGGCAGUGGAAGGGAACAGGGACAGAUAGUGACAGGUAGGGGGGGGAGGGAACAGGGACAGAUAGUGACAGUAGAGGGAGGGAACAGGGAAGAUAGUGAAGGUAGGGGGGGGGCGGCGAAGGACGUAGGGGGGGAAAGGAACAGGGACAGAGAGUGACAGGUUAGGGGGGGAACAGUGACAGAUAGUGACGGUAGGGGGGAACAGGGACAGAUAGUGACAGGUAGGAGGGGGGGGAACAGGGACAGUAGGCAGGUAGGGGGGAAAGGGAACAGGGACAGAUAAUGACGGGUUAAAAGGGAAGGGGGGUGUUUGGAAGGUGAACAGUACACGAGUAUGUGACAGGCCUAGAGGAGAGACCGGAGAUGGGAGGCAGGUGAACCCAUGAGCUAGAUGAUAACAGUGACGGUCGGGACGGGAGAAGGAGAGACAGGAGAGGGACAGAGGAGAGAGAAGAGAGAGAGGGAAGGAACAGAAAAGGAGAGAGAUGAGGAUACGAGACGAGACGAUUGGAGAGGGUGAGGGAGAGGAGAAGGAAGGGAUAGCAAAAAGGAGAGAGACCACGGAGAUGUGAGGUUGAGGCCCAUGAGAGAUGUCAGUGGACCAUGCGAACUCAGGGCAGGGAACCGAACAGUAUCAGUUUGGGACCAUAACCGGCACAACUCAUGUUAAUGAAUUCUGGGAUUCCAGCCAGAGUAUGUGAGUGGAGUUGAGCGGUAGGAAAUCCCUCUCAACUCUCAUGGAGUGGUGCUGGCAUGCCACUCCAGCGUUCCACUUCCUUUCCAACCGCUCACAGGAACAAAAAACUGCCGUUCAAAAUUCGCUCCGUUCAUUAAAAUCCUCAUUUAACCAACACCCAUUCUAAUUUUGUGACUACCUGGACCUACCAUUUGUUUUUUUUGAAGUAUUGAAACCAAACCAUAUGGAUUUGAAUGAAAAGUAUUUUAAUAAACAACAGGUAAAGGUGACUGUAAGAAGGGCUCAUCGUUUCAAAUAGGCUACAUGUCGUAUUAAACAGCGUAUUAACACUCUAAAUAGGUCAGUAGCCAGACAGGUAGCCUAAGGAGGAACAAAAAUGAAUUAUUUAGGCUAUAUUAUUAUUUUAAUUAUUUCAAGACUAUAGCCUAUAAAGAAAUACAUUGUGAAGCACUAGCGAGUGCAACACACUAGACUGCCAGGGGACAUAAAGGGCUCAGCAUUUAAACAACAUUUAGUUGCAUUAAAUAAUUAUAGUCUCUAAAUUGUGACUUAGAAUUAAAUAGAAAUUAAACAAAAAAAAUGCUUUAUUAGGCAGGAUAUUCUUUGAAUUCAUUUGUAGAAACAUGAGUUAGUCUGUGGCUUCAGGCAAACACCCCAUUGGCCACUCUUACCAGGCUGUAGAGUUUAUUUAUAUAUUUAUAUAUAUAUAGGUAGGUAGGUAGGUAGGCCUAAAGGUUUUUAGGCAAAAUAACCCAAUCACAACGGAAAGCUCCUUGAACGUGGUAAUAUGCCAGGCCUAUUGGGCCAAAAUCAAUCAUGGCCUAUUGUAUAGAUAAUAGAACGAAAAUGAACUAAAGAUCUGAUUUUUAGUUUAUAAAUACAUUCUACCUCAUUUAUACCUCCUUCCUUUCUGUUAACAUGUGCACUUAGUAAGUUCACCAUCAUGCUUUCAGGAUACGUGUCUUAUCAGAUUCCACAAUGAUUCUUUAGCUGUGGACACGACAUCACCGCACUCCCUCUCUUGCUCUUGGUCCUGAAUGUUUGGCAUACUAGAUGACGGUAGCUAAAACAAGGGGCUAUAGCAGAACACAAGUAGACUGCAAAUGCAUGCUCGGGGCCGGGCCUUGAGCUGAGCUCAGAAGUGAGCGUACGGAGCUCAAUAGAGGGGCGAGAAGGAGAAGUGGGGGAAACCCCCAAGCUCGCGGGGCCGCGCUUCGCGCCCACGCCGCCCGCAACGCGGCCCAAAAACGUAGGGACCGGGGCAUAGGAAGAGAGGGGAGGGGCGCGAGGGGCGGCGAGAGAGCGAGCGAGGCGGCAAAGCGAGCGAGGAAAGCAGCGGAGGGAGAGAGGCGGAGAGGAGAGAGAGGGAGACAGAGCGAGGAGAGGAGAGCGAGAGCGCGGAGAGAGAGCGAGAGAGACCGAGCGAGGGGCGAAGAGAGGCGAGGAGGGCGAGGAGAGCGCGGGAGGCGAGCAGAGGGGAGCAGAGGGCGAGACGAGAGAGGGGAAGGGCAAAGGAGAGAGAGAGAGAGCGAGCGAGAGGGGAAGAGAGCGAGAGAGGCGAGAGAGAGAGCGAGAGAGAGAGAGAGAGAGAGGAGAAGAAAAGCAGAGAGAAAGAGAAGAGAGAGCGAGAGAGCGAAGGAGAGAGAGAGCGAGAGACGCGAGAGAGGCGAAGAGAGAGCGAGAAGAGGGGGGAGAGGAGAAGAGAGGAGAGAGAGAGAGAAAAGAAGAGCGAGAGAGAGAAGGCGAAGAGAGAGAGGCGAGAUCGAGAGAGAGAGGAGAGGAGAGGAGAGGAGAGAGAGAGAGAGGAGAGAGAGAGAGACGAGAGAGAAGAGGGAGAGAGAGGAGAGAGAGAAAAGAGAGAGAGAGAGAGAAGAGAGAGAGAGAAGAGAAAGACGAGAGGAGAGAGGAGAGAGAGAGAAAGGGAGGCAGAGAGAGAGCGGAAGGAGAGAGGGGAAUCGGCGAGGAGCGCGAUGGGCAUAGAGAUUAUCCGCUAUAUCGCUAUCUAUCUCUCUCAUCUCUCUAUCGCUCUCUCUCUCUCUCUCUCUCUAUCUCUCUUCUCUCUCUCUCUCUCUCUCUCUCUCUCUCUCUCCCUCUCUCUGUCUGUAGGGACCCGUUGGCUUCCCUGGAGACCCAGGUCCCCCUGGAGAGCCUGGAGUUGGUGUAAGUACCACGAGGAGAUGUAAAGUGAAUGACGUGAAGCGUCACAGGAAGGAAGCUAGGCAGACAUUCCUCUUAGGCAGUUUUAAGUUUAAUUCAUUGAAAUGUAACAGUAGAUUAUGAUCGAUGCUAAGUAAAAGGAAGAGCUCUUACUGUUAUAUUAGUUCAGAAAGUGCUAUCCUGACUUGUCUUUCUGUUGUAUCUCCUCAGGGAUUGGAUGGCUUGGCUGGAGACAAGGGAGAUGACGGAGACGCUGGUCAGCCAGUAAGUUUUUAUUUAUUUAACCAGGAAAAUACCCUUGAGGCUGUAGGAUUGUGAUGUUGUUGUUAGUGAGAAGGAAAUAUAUGAAGGGAGUAGCCUUGUACACAAAUACACUAUAUAUACAAUAGUAUGUGGACAGCCCCUUCAAAUUAGUGGAUUUGGCUAUUUCAGCCACGCCCGUUGCUGACAGGUGUAUAACAUCGAGCACACAGCCAUGCAAUCUCCAUAGACAAACAUUGGCAGUAGAAUGGCCCGUACUGAAAAGCUCAGUGACUUUCAACGUGGCACCGUCAUAGGAUGCCACCUUUCCAACAAGUCAGUUCGUCAAAUUUCUGCCCUGCCAGAGCUGCCCCGGUCAACUGUAAGUGCUGUUAUUGUGAAGUGGAAACGUCUAGGAGCAACAACAGCUCAGCCGCGAAGUGGUAGGCCACACAAGCUCAGAGAAUGGGACCGCCGAGUGCUGAAGCACUCACUACCGAGUUCCAAACUGCCUCUGGAAGCAACGCCAGCGCAAGAACUGUUCGUCGGGAGCUUCAUGAAAUGGGUUUCCAUGGCCGAGCAGCCGCACACAAGCCUAAGAUCACCAUGCGCAAUGCCAAACGUCAGCUGGAGUGGUGUAAAGCUUGCCGCCAUUGGACUCUGGAGCAGUGGAAACGCGCUGGAGUGAUGUAUCACACUUCAUCAUCUGGCAGUCCGAUGGACGAAUCUGGGUUUGGCGGAUGCCAGGAGAACGCUACCUGCCCAAAUGCAUAGUGCCAACUGUAAAGUUUGGUGGAGGAGGAAUAAUGGUCUGGGGCUGUUUUUCAUGGUUUGUUUGAGGUCCCUUAGUUCCAGUGAAGGGAAAUCUUAACGCUACAGCAUACAAUGACAUUCUAGACGAUUCUGUGCUUCCAACUUUGUGGCAACAGUUUGGGGAAGGCCCUUUCCUGUUUCAGUAUGACAAUGCCCCCGUGCACAAAGCGAGGUCCAUACAUAAAUGGUUUGUCGAGAUCAGUGUGGAAGAAUUUGACUGGCCUGAACAGAGCCCUGACCUUAACCCCAUCCAACACCUUUGGGAUGAAUUGGAAUGCCGACUGCGAGCCAGGCCUAAUCACUCAAUAUCAGUGCCCGACCUCACUAAUGCUCAUGGCUGAAUGGAAGCAAGUCCCCCGCAGCAAUGUUUCAACAUCUAGUGAAAAGCCUUCCCAGAAGAGUGGAGGCUUUUAUACAGUUGAAGUCGGAAGUUUACAUACACUUAGGUUGGAGUCAUUAAAACUCGUUUUUCAACCACUCCACAAAUUUCUUGUUAACAAACUAUAGUUUUGGCAAGUCGGUUAGGACAUCUACUUUGUGCAUGACACAAGUAAUUUUUCCAACAAUUUUUAACGACAGAUUAUUUCACUUAUAAUUCACUGUAUCACAAUUCCAAUGGGUCAGAAGUUUACAUACACUAAGUAGACUGUGCUUUUAAACAGCAUGGAAAAAUCCAGAAAAUGAUGUCAAGGCUUUAGAAGCUUCUGAUAGGCUAAUUGACAUCAUUUGAGUCAAUUGGAGGUGUACCUGUGGAUGUAUUUCAAGGCCUACCUUCAAACUCAGUGCCUCUUUGCUUAACAUCAUGGGAAAAUCUAAAGAAAUCAGCCAAGACCUCAGAAAAAACAUUGUAGACCUCCACAAGUCUGGUUCAUCCUUGGGAGCAAUUUCCAAAUGCCUGAAGGUACCACGUUCAUCUGUACAAACAAUAGUACGCAAGUAUAAACACCAUGGGACCACGCAGCCGUCAUACCGCUCAGGAAGGAGACGCGUUCUGUCUCCUAGAGAUGAACGUACUUUGGUGCGAAAAGUGCAAAUCAAUCCCAGAACAACAGCAAAGGACCUUGUGAAGAUGCUGGAGGAAACAGGUACAAAAGUAUUUAUAUCCACAGUAAAACGAGUCCUAUAUCGACAUAACCUGAAAUGCCUCUCAGCAAGGAAGAAGCCACUGCUCCAAAACCGCCAUAAAAAAGACAGACUACGGUUUGCAACUGCACAUGGGGACAAAGAUCAUACUUUUUGGAGAAAUGUCCUCUGGUCUGAUUGAACAAAAAUAGAACUGUUUGGCCAUAAUGACCAUGGUUAUGUUUGGAGGAAAAAUGGGGAUGCUUGCAAGCCGAAGAACACCAUCCCAACCGUGAAGCACGGGGGUGGCAGCAUCAUGCUGUGGGGGUGCUUUGCUGCAGGAGAGACUGGUGCACUUCACAAAAUAGAUGGCAUCAUGAGGAAGGAAAAUUAUGUGGAUAUAUUGAAGCAACAGCUCAAGACAUCAGACAGGAAGUUAAAGCUUGUUCGCAAAUAGGUCUUCCAAAUGGACAAUGACCCCAAGCAUACUUCCAAAGUUGUGGCAAAAUGGCUUAAGGACAACAAAGUCAAGGUAUUGGAGUGGCCAUCACAAAGCCCUGACCUCAAUCCUAUAGAACAUUUGUGGGCAGAACUGAAAAAGCGUAUGCGAGCAAGGAGGCCUACAAACCUGACUCUGUUACACCAGCUCUGUCAGGAGGAAUGGGCCAAAAUUCACCCAACUUAUUGUGGGAAGCUUGUGGAAGGCUACCCGAAACGUUUGACCCAAGUUAAACAAUUUAAAGGCAAUGCUACCAAAUACUAAUUGAGUGUAUGUAAACUUCUGACCCACUGGGAAUGUGAUGAAAGAAAUAAAAGCUGAAAUAAAUAAUUCUCUCUACUAUUAUAGUUUGUUUGUCUACACUGCUGAAUCUGUGUGAUUUAUGACUGCUCGACAAGCCGUUUUUGGCUGUUUUAAAAUAAUAAAUAAUAAAUAAUAUGCCAUUUAGCAGACGCUUUUAUCCAAAGCGACUUACAGUCAUGUGUGCAUACAUUUUUGUGUAUGGGUGGUCCCGGGGAUCGAACCCACUACCUUGGCGUUACAAGCGCUGUGCUCUACCAGCUGAGCUACAGAGGACCACCCAUUUUACUGACUGUUACAAACUGUCUUUCUAUUUGUGCAAAAUAAACUAAACUACGUUGCAGUUAUUAAACAAACAAUCAAUCAUAAUGUUAGUCAAAAAUAUCAAAUUCCCAGUUCAUGCUACAAAUCCAGCUUCAUAAGAGGUUUUAAAAAUAGGCUAUUAUUUUACUCAGAAUUUCAGGCUUUAAGUCAGGUUUAAGUAAGGCAGAAUAGAUGGACUCAAUUCAAUGCAUGAUUAAUAUAAUUCACCAAUACAUUUAUUGGUAGUCCAAUAAAUAUUGCAAUCAGGUUGUAAAUCACAGCUGGCCUGGACAUGCACUGUUUCAGUUUCAAUUACUCAAUAUUUUGGAGAAAACGGACGAAUGUAACCAAGGCUGGGAAUGUCAAUACAAUCAAACUAGCAAGGGCAAUGAUCACAAGUCAGUCAUAACGUGGCUAGUAGGCUAGCGUAACUAUUUAUAUAGCUAUUUAUUUACCAAACUAAGAACAUGGAGCCUAAGUUGUUGUUGAUGUGCAUAACUGAGGGAGAGAGAGCCUACCUUUUCAUGGUUGUUUGAUCAACAGGACUGUAAAGUUCCCAAAUGUAAGAGGACUCCCGUGGUGUUUACAUAUUUGCAGAAAUCCAUUCAGGUGUAUUUUGUGGCGAAUGCUUUCUAAUGAUCUAAUGUCGCGCUGUUGCUACUGCCUGUAAACACACCGUCCAGUUCAAAGUGAAUGAUGGGCAGGCCUGUGUGGCAAAUAGCUUAUUUGCAUAUAGGCCUACUGUAGCUCUGAUUGGCUAUGGCGCACCGGUCGGUGUAGAGUCCGGUCCUGGACGAGACAGAUGUUUUUAUUAGGGUUUUAUUUACUGCAGUGUCUAUUAAUUGUCCAAACGCUCGGCUGCUUUCCCGCUCUAUAUUACUAUAGAAUUUUCACAAACGCCACACUAUACGUCAUUCCCAAACAUUCUAUAAAUGUAUGAAAACUGAAAAUGACCAUAUCUAAUCGCUCGCUUGUCAGAAUUUUUUUUUUAAAGGCAUCAUAUUCUUCCUGGGGGUGUAUGUGAACAGAUUCUAAUAAGCUAAAACCCUGUCAGAUCCACUUUAAAGGUAUUGGAGGGUUGCAUAUAAAUAAUGUCAACAUUGUCCAACACAGAUCACAAUUUCGCUGGCACAAGAUCCUUCCUAACUGAUAUAGAAUUCACUGUUGUUGUUGUUGUUGUUGUUGUUGAGGAUGUUGAUGAUGAGGUUGUUGUUGUUGAUGUUGAUGAUAAGGUUGUUGUUGUUGUUGAGGAUGAUGAUGAUGAUGAUGAUGUUGUUGUUGUUGUUGUAUUGUGGAUCUAGUACCUAACUGGUCUGGGGUGUGUUGUUUCAGGGCCCAUCUGGUCCUUCUGGAGAAGCUGGGCCACCAGGACCACCCGGGAAGAGGGUAAGUGUCUGCCAACAAAACUUUAUUAGCCCACUAAGGUAUUCGCUAGCGGAGCUAACACAUGUUCCAGGUUUCAGGCAAGGUUACUCACCAUUAUCCAAAAUUGUAGAUGUUGCUGAAUUGAAAUACUAGGUACAAUACACUACAAUACUAAUCUGAUUUCCCUUGGUUGAGCAGCGACUCUCCACACAAGCCAAUAUUCAGAGAUGGUUUUUUGUUUUUGAUUCGUUUUAUAAUAGAAUAUCGACCUGUUUUCAGUUUGACUGACAGUGAUGCGAAAGCAGUGGGAUGAACACUCAAGUCCAGGAUGUCAAGAUGUCAUUCUUACCUCUGGCACCUCCUGCCGAUCGUGUCACACAACCCGGGCCUCGCUGUCGAGCGUGGAGAUUAACUGCGUCCCAAAUGUGCACAAUCUUCCCUCUGGUGAAAAGUAGUGCACUUUAUAAAGGGUUAGGGUACCGUUUGGGACGCAGCUAUGUUUUCUUACCACUUGUACAACCUGGCCCAAUUAAAGCCGUCACCUUUAAUGGAGAAGCAGUAAAAUGCUAUAAACCGCUACACCAAUACUGUCAAAUAAUAAAGAGUUGGCACUGCAUGGUGACAAGAACAAGUGUCCGCGUCCCAAAUAGAAACCUAUUCCUUAUGUAGUGCACUACUUUUGGUCAAGUGUAGUGCACUACAUAGUGAACAGGGUACCGUUUGGGACGUGGCCCAAAACGUUUUCUUUUAAAUGGAAGCUUCAAUUCAGUUCAAUUCGAAGUCAAUUGGAACGUACUGGUGUUACUUUAACGUACUGGGGUUACUCACACUUUAUGUUAUUACACCAUCAAAUCAAAGAUGUGUUUCUACAUGGCUCAGCGUCAAGUGUGAGGGUUUUCCUUCACUUGUAAAAUCUAAUUUGUGUUGUGGAAAAAUAUGAGUUGAAAGCUACAGUCUUCAUGGACUUUCCCCCUACACGACACAUAAUAGAUGCUAUACAUAUUCAACUCAUUGUGUCAGCUACACCGGGGGACAGUAUAGUCAUAAUAUAAUCAUAUAGAUGUAUUAAUAUUGUCAUAUAGAUGUAUUAAUAUAGUCAUAUAGAUGUAUUAAUAUAGUCAUAUAGAUGUAUUAAUAUAGUUAUAUAGAUGUAUUAAUAUAGUCAUAUGGAUGUAUUAAUAUUGUCAUAUGGAUGUAUUAAUAUAGUCAUAUAGAUGUAUUAAUAUAGUUAUAUGGAUGUAUUAAUAUUGUCAUAUGGAUGUAUUAAUAUAGUCAUAUAGAUGUAUUAAUAUAGUUAUAUGGAUGUAUUAAUAUUGUCAUAUGGAUGUAUUAAUAUAGUCAUAUAGAUGUAUUAAUAUAGUUAUAUGGAUGUAUUAAUAUAGUCAUAUAGAUGUAUUAAUAUAGUCAUAUACAGUGCAUUCGGAAAGUAUUCAGACCCUUGACUUUUUCCACAUUUUGUUACAUUCGAGCCUUAUUCUAAAAUUGAUUAAAUAGUUUUUUUCCAUCAUCAAUCUACACACAAUACCACAUAGUGACGAAGCAAAAACUGGUUUUUAGAAUUUUUAUCAAAUGUAGAUUUAAAAAAAGAAGGAAAUAUCACAUUUACAUAAAUAUUCAGACUCUUUACUCAGUACUUUGUUGAAGCACCUUUGGCAGCGAUUACAACCUUGAGUCUUCUUGGGUAUGACGCUACAAGUUUGGCACACCUGUAUUUGGGGAAAUUCUCCCAUUCUUCUAUGCAGAUCCUCUCAUAUAUUCCAAGACAUAUCACGCUGAUGACACAGCUUCUGGUGCUUAGUAAGCGAUAUUUCCAAGACAUAUCACGCUGAUGACACAGCUUCUGGUGCUUAGUAAGCGAUAUUUCCAAGACAUAUCACGCCGAUGACACAGCUUCUGGUGCUUAGUAAGCGAUAUUUCCAAGACAUAUCACGCUGAUGACACAGCUUCUGGUGCUUAGUAAGCGAUAUUUCCAAGACAUAUCACGCUGAUGACACAGCUUCUGGUGCUUAGUAAGCGAUAUUUCCAAGACAUAUCACGCUGAUGACACAGCUUCUGGUGCUUAGUAAGCGAUAUUUCCAAGACAUAUCACACCGAUGACACAAACUGCUGGGCAGAUGAAAACAUAUGACCAUUUACAAUAUUCAAAUGAGCAUUUCCCUAUAGACAUACAUGUACAAUUUCUGACUUACAGUAGGUGUGUAGGUCAUUGAUGCAUGGCGAUGCUUAGCUCAGUCAGUUGGGUUGUACUCUGUUAAAAGAAAGACGGAUCGGUGUCCGUAACCCAGGGCCAUCCAGGGCCAUCCAGGUUAUGGACAGUGAUGCUAAAACAACAACCUGUUUGUAAUGCUUUAGCCACAGGCGGUUAUUCAGAUCUUAAUGCUAUAGCCUCCUUUAGCUACACUACCAGUGUGAAUAUAAUCUAAUUUACUGGAGCCGAUUGUCCCUAUCUGACCUGCUCUAAGCUGGUUCUGCUUCUAGUCAAGGUCAUCAGUCGUAUAUUGAGACAUGACCAUCAAUAGUUAUUACUCAACAUAUAUAUAUAUAUAUACAGUAUAUAUUUUUACUUGAAUAAGCACCGUUUUUUUCAACCCAAGUGUAUAUACUAAAUAGAUGUUGUAAUAUCUCUAGACUGUUUUAACCAUCUGUGAUUGUACACUGUCUACCAAGCUGGUGAGUGGUGCCUCUUACCCCUACAGGGACCCAUUGGACCAGCCGGAACUGAGGGAAGACAAGGAGAGAAGGGUUCUAAGGUAAGAGGCAGAGACACACAGAGAGAGACACAGACACACACACACACACACACACACACACACACACACACACACACACAUGUCCAUUCAAACAGAAGUGUAGGAUUAGAGUUGAUGUGAUGGAGACAGGCAAAGCCUCUCAGAACUUCCUGGUCUGUCAAAGCUGGCUUCUAAUUGGUUGUCAGAACGGUUUAAUCCAGAACGGUUUAAUCCUCCAACGCCGUUGUCCGAUCUGACGGUACAUUUAUGGAUCUCCAAUCCUUUGUGUCUGUUCUCAUGGCCUGAUGGAGGACAUCAGGUGACUGAGUUGAGGCUUCUGUGUGAUUGUUGUAAUUCCCAAAAACCUCUGAAAGGUGCCUUAUCUUUUGAGGGUGAAUAGGACUUUUGAGGGUGAACAGUUUUUUUAUUUUUUUAUUAGGAUCCCCAUUAGCUGUUGCGAAAGCAGGAGCUGCUCUUCUUGGGGUCCACACAAAACAUGAAACAUGACAUAAUACAGAACAUUAAUAGACAAGAACAGCUCAAGGACAGAACUACAUCAAUUUAAAAUGGCACACGUAGCCUACAUAUCAAUACAUACACACAAACUAUCUAGGUCAAACAGGGGAGAGGCCUUGUGCCAUGAGGUGUUGCUUUAUCUGUUUUUUGAAACCAGGUUUGCUGUUUAUUUGAGCAAUAUGAGAUGGAAGGGAGUUCCAUGCAAUAAUGGCUCUAUAUAAUACUGUACGCUUUCUUGAAUUUGUUCUGAAUUUGGGGACUGUGAAGAGACCUCUGGUGGCAUGUCUGGUGGGGUAAGUGUGUGUGUGUCAGAGCUGUGUGUAAGUUGACUAUGCAAACAAUUUGGGAUUUUCAACACAUGAAUGUUUCUUAUAAAAGAAGUGAUGCAGUCAGUCUCUCCUCAACGCUUAGCCAAGAGAGACAGGCAUGCAUGGUAUUGAUAUCAGCCCUCAACCGUUUUGAGCCAAUUGUAGUAGUACAGUACAACUGUAUUGAACUGUAUUAAACAGUUUUCACCUUCACUUUUAUAAGUCUAAUUUAUAGAUCUCUCUCUCUCUCUCUCUUCUAUGCCUAUAAUAUGUAUUCUGAUUCAACAUGUCAGCUAAUCAUCAAGUCCUUGAUUAGAUGAAUCAGGUAGUCAGGCCUACAACAACACGGUGAAACGUCCCCGAGGAAGGAAGGUCAUGCUGAACUGAUUUGAAUGUAGCUCAAUGUUACUACUGUGUGACUCCAUGAUGAGGCUGAAGAUAUUGAUACAGUGGUAUUCAAUGUUAUGAUUGUGUUUUGCAGGGUGAGGCUGAAGAUAUUGAUACAGUGGUAUUCAAUGUUAUGAUUGUGUUUUGCAGGGUGAGGCUGAAGAUAUUGAUUACAGUGGUAUUCAAUGUUAUGAUUGUGUUUUGCAGGGUGAGGCUGAAGAUAUUGAUACAGUGGUAUUCAAUGUUAUGAUUGUGUUUUGCAGGGUGAGGCUGAAGAUAUUGAUACAGUGGUAUUCAAUGUUAUGAUUGUGUUUUGCAGGGUGAGGCUGAAAAUAUUGAUACAGUGGUAUUCAAUGUUAUGAUUGUGUUUUGCAGGGUGAGGCUGAAGAUAUUGAUACAGUGGUAUUCAAUGUUAUGAUUGUGUUUUGCAGGGUGAGGCUGAAGAUAUUGAUACAGUGGUAUUGAAUGUUAUGAUUGUGUUUUGCAGGGUGAGGCUGAAGAUAUUGAUUACAGUGGUAUUGAAUGUUAUGAUUGUGUUUUGCAGGGUGAGGCUGAAGAUAUUGAUUACAGUGGUAUUCAAUGUUAUGAUUGUGUUUUGCAGGGUGAGGCUGAAGAUAUUGAUACAGUGGUAUUCAAUGUUAUGAUUGUGUUUUGCAGGGUGAGGCUGAAGAUAUUGAUUACAGUGGUAUUGAAUGUUAUGAUUGUGUUUUGCAGGGUGAGGCUGAAGAUAUUGAUUACAGUGGUAUUCAAUGUUAUGAUUGUGUUUUGCAGGGUGAGGCUGAAAAUAUUGAUACAGUGGUAUUCAAUGUUAUGAUUGUGUUUUGCAGGGUGAGGCUGUAAAUAUUGAUACAGUGGUAUUCAAUGUUAUGAUUGUGUUUUGCAGGGUGAGGCUGAAAAUAUUGAUACAGUGGUAUUCAAUGUUAUGAUUGUGUUUUGCAGGGUGAGGCUGAAAAUAUUGAUACAGUGGUAUUCAAUGUUAUGAUUGUGUUUUGCAGGGUGAGGCUGUAAAUAUUGUUACCGUGGUAUUCAAUGUUAUGAUUGUGUUUUGCAGGGUGAGGCUGAAAAUAUUGUUACCGUGGUAUUCAAUGUUAUGAUUGUGUAUUGCAGGGUGAGGCUGAAAAUAUUGAUACAGUGGUAUUCAAUGUUAUGAUUGUGUAUUGCAGGGUGAGGCUGAAAAUAUUGAUACAGUGGUAUUCAAUGUUAUGAUUGUGUAUUGCAGGGUGAGGCUGAAAAUAUUGUUACCGUGGUAUUCAAUGUUAUGAUUGUGUUUUGCAGGGUGAGGCUGAAAAUAUUGAUACAGUGGUAUUCAAUGUUAUGAUUGUGUUUUGCAGGGUGAGGCUGAAAAUAUUGAUACCGUGGUAUUCAAUGUUAUGAUUGUGUUUUGCAGGGUGAGGCUGUAAAUAUUGAUACAGUGGUAUUGAAUGUUAUGAUUGUGUUUUGCAGGGUGAGGCUGUAAAUAUUGAUACAGUGGUAUUGAAUGUUAUGAUUGUGUUUUGCAGGGUGAGGCUGGAGCAGAUGGGCCUGAUGGUAAAACUGGACCUGUCGGACCCCAGGGGCCCUCUGGGAAGCCUGGACCUGACGGCCUGCGUGGAAUCCCCGGCCCUGUUGUGAGUUAACUAGCUAUACACAAUCUGUUAUGCAUGAUCUACACACUACAGUAUCGCUGUCAUGACUCCUCUGAAGCUAAGCAGGGACGGGAGACUCCCCUGGAUGGGAGACCAGAUGGAAGUGGUGUUGGAGGAACAGUAGGAGGCAGUCUUUCCUCUGGUCUAAGGAGAUCCCAGUGCCCCAGGGCAGUGAGGGGGACAUUGCCCUGUGUAGGGUGCAGUCUUUCAGAUGGGAUGUUAAACGGGUGUCCCGACUCUCUGUGGUCACUAAAGAUCCCAUGGAACUUAUCGUAAGAGUAGGGGUGUUAACCCCGGUGUCCUGGCUAAAUUCCCAAUCUGGCCUUCAUACCAUCAUGGCCACCUAAUCAUCCCCUGCUUCCAAUUGGCUCAUUCAUCGCCCCCUCCUUUCCCCUGUAACUAUUCCACAGGUCGUCGCUGUGAAUGAGAAUGUGUUCUCAGUCAACUUACCUGGUAAAAUAAAGGUUAAAUAAAUCAAUAAAAUGAGUUACCUGGCUAGAUUCAGGUCCUAACUAAUCAGAUGACAGAUACAGUGUAUGUUACAUAUAUAUGCUUAUCAUCACAUUAUCAAGAUUAAAAUGGUGUGAUAAUGGUAAUAAUAAUGAUAAUGUGAUGAUAAUGUGAUGGAUAAUGUGAAGGAUAAUGUAAUGGAGGAUGUGAUACAUAUUCUCAGGGUGAACAAGGACUUCCUGGUGCUUCUGGAAUGGACGGACCUCCCGGACCAAUGGUAAUAACAACAUGAUAAUUACAUGAUAAUUACAAGGUUUUUGUAUUUACGUGUAUUUACAUAGCCCCCCUUUUCCUCCAACUCAAAGCACCUUAUACUGGGGUAACUCAUCCUUAGAUAUACUGUUCCAUCCACUGAUUAGUCCGUCUGUGACAAACUGAUUCCGGAUGUUUCUCUCUUUUCAGGGUCCCCCUGGUCUUGCUGGUUUGAAAGGAACUUCUGGCGGUAAGGGAGAAAAGGUAUGACUAGAACAUUCUGAUGCUGAUGAUGACGUUAUAGAGAAAAUAAUGUUCCCUCCAUCUCUCUUUCAAAGUUAACAAAGUUUGUACUUUACAGAGUCAACUCUCUAUGUGAUUUAAUGUGGUGAUUGAAAUUGUACACGUGAUUUAAUCGAAUGUGUGUAAUGAUCAUAGGUUUAUACCCCUGAGUGGCGCAGUGGUCUAAGGCACUGCAUCGCAGUGCUAACUGUGCCACUAGAGAUCCUGGUUCAAAUCCAGGCUCUGUCGCAGCCGGCCGCGAUCGGGAGACUCAUGGGCGGCGCACAAUUGGCCCAGGGUAGGGGAGGGAAUGGCCGGCAGGGAUGUAGCUCAGUUGAUAGAGCAUGGCGUUUGCAACGCCAGGGUUGUAGGUUCGAUUCCCACGGGGGGCCAGUAUAAAAAAAAAUAAUAAUAAUGUAUUCACUAACUGUAAGUCGCUCUGGAUAAGAGCGUCUGCUAAAUGACUAAAAUGUAAAUGUAAAUGUUUAGAGCUAGCAUGCAGCAGGAUAGUAGACCUAGCAAUAGACUCUAGUUACAGUAGCAGGUGCCAUAGACGCACUACCACUGUUAAAUCUAUUCUAUAAACAGAAUGGUCCUUUACCUUCGUAACUAAGACAGUAUUUUGUUACCCGCAACACACAGAGACCACUAAUAACGUGGCAGGUGGUUUCAACUCAUUAGUUUAAUCCACAUAAUGUUACUUGGCAUAAGUUAACAACAGAUUGUUAUGAACAAAGAUGUUGACGAAGUUACAUGUGAUUUGCGUGUGAUUGAUCACUGCUACAGCAUUUCUCCUGCCUGUGGAUGUCUGUUUACACUAUUUCUGUGACAGUUAAUCUGAAGCUAUUUCUCUCUCUGUCGUGUACUGUGUGAAUAUCCCAUCUAACACUGUCCACAUCUCUCUCUCCUCCCCCUCUCUCCAUCUCUCUCUCGCUUUCUCGCUCUCUCCUUCUCUCUCUUCCCCUCCACCUCUCUCUCUCCCUCCCCCUCUCUCCUUCUCUCCCUCCCCCUCUCUCUCUCCCUCCCCCUCUCUCUCUCUCCCUCCCCCUCUCUCUCUCCCUCCCCCCCUCUCUCUCCCUCCCCCUCUCUCUCCCUCCCCCUCUCUCUCUCCCUCCCCCUCUCUCUCUCUCCCUCCCCCUCUCUCUCUCUCCCUCCCCCUCUCUCUCUCCCUCCCCCUCUCCCUCUCCCUCCCCCUCUCUCUCCCUCCCCCUCUCUCUCUCCCUCCCCCCCUCUCUCUCUCUCCCUCCCCCUCUCUCUCUCCCUGUCCUCCAGGGUCACCCAGGUCUGAUUGGUCUGAUUGGACCGCCUGGUGAGUUCGGAGAGAAGGGAGACAGAGGUCUGCCUGGACCCCAGGGAACUGGUGGAGGCAAGGGAGAUGCUGUAAGUGACUGACAAGUGUAUUACUCAUUGAUUAACUAUCUAUAAACAAAUGAUUAAUAGUCGAUGAAUGGCGCAUUAAUCUUUUAUUAACUACACCUUUAUGUAAAGUGUUUGCUCAUUGGUUCAUACUACUGUAAAGUGUUAGCUCAUUGGUUCAUACUACUGUAAAGUCUUAGCUCAUUGGUUCAUACUACUGUAAAGUCUUAGCUCAUUGGUUCAUACUACUGUAAAGUGUUGAUUGUCUUCGUGUGAAGUGUCAUCUCAUUGGUUAAUACUGCUGUGCUGUGUCUCUGCAGGGUGUUGGCGGUUCCGCUGGUCCUCUUGGCCCUCCUGGUCCCCCUGGUAUUCCUGUAAGUUCCUUGUCAAAACAUCGUAAUUUUCUACCAUUUCAUCAUGUUCCUAGUCUUACUGUUCACUGUUUGUCUCUCUUUUUCUUGCCCCUUAGGGAGCUGUAGGUUCUAAAGGUUCCAAGGGAUCAACGGUAAGUUCUGUUCACCAGAAGACUAACUGAAAACACUAAGAUCCCUCUGUGGUAUAUAUAUGACUGGUGUGAUAACGUCCGUGUGUAAUGUUGUGUCCUGUGUCUGUUGUUAGGGUGGAGCUGGCCAGAAGGGCGACACUGGUAUGAUCGGACCACCCGGACCUCCUGUAAGUCAACAUUUCCUCUCUCAACAAGAGCUCAGAUGCUUUCACGACUCUCCACUUUGAUUGACCUUUCGCCUAUUUCUGAUUGGCCAAUUUCACUGACCCCUGACCUCUGUGCUCUUCCAUUUCAGGGUCCUCCUGGGGACAUCAUCCAGCCGCUGCCCAUCCAGCAGGCGAGCAGGAAGAACAGACGGCAGGCGGAGGACGACGGCGUGCAGGGCGACGCGGAGGCCACAGCGGACAUGGAGGACGUGUUCGGUUCCCUGAACAACCUGAAGCAGGACAUCGAGAGGAUGAAGUUCCCCAUGGGGACGCAGGACAACCCUGCCAGGACCUGUAACGACCUGCACCUCAGCCAGCCUGACUUCCCUGACGGUGGGUUAGAGAGAUAGGGUCCAGAGUUUUUUCCUAGUCUGGUCACAUGGUAAAGAACAGGACUGGUCAGAUGUCUGGAGGGCUGAUGUACUGCUAGUUGAUGUUCUACCUGGUAGUUCGUUCAUUGGCUAGCAUCUCUAAUUGGCCAGCGACAGAGAUUCCAGUCACAUGGUGUUAAAAGUAGUGAAUAGCCUUGGUAUAGGAUGUUUUACAACCACCUGCACCUCAGCCAGUCUGAUAUCCCUGGUGGUGGGUCAUUAGAGAGAUAGGGUCCAGAGUUUUUCCUGCACCUCAGCCAGUCUGAUAUCCCUGGUGGUGGGUCAUUAGAGAGAUAGGGUCCAGAGUUUUUCCUGCACCUCAGCCAGUCUGAAUUUCCCUGGUGGUGGGCCUAGUCUGGUCCCAGAUCUGUGUGUGCGAUCAGGUUAGAGAUCUAGUCUGGUCCGAUCAUGCCAACAACGUUUGGUGUGACAAUACGUGAUAAGGAGUUGGCAAGAGAACAGAACCAGACUGGUACCCAGGCUUUUAGAGAACAGAACCAGACUGGUACCCAGGCUAUUAGAGAACAGAACCAGACUGGUACCCAGGCCUUUAGACAACAGAACCAGACUGGUACCCAGGCUAUUAGAGAACAGAACCAGACUGGUACCCAGGCUUUUAGACAACAGAACCAGACUGGUACCCAGGCUUUUAGAGAACAGAACCAGACUGGUACCCAGGCUUUUAGAGAACAGAACCAGACUGGUACCCAGGCUAUUAGAGAACAGAACCAGACUGGUACCCAGGCUUUUAGAGAACAGAACCAGACUGGUACCCAGGCUAUUAGACAACAGAACCAGACUGGUACCCAGGCCUUUAGAGAACAGAACCAGACUGGUACCCAGGCUAUUAGAGAACAGAACCAGACUGGUACCCAGGCUAUUAGACAACAGAACCAGACUGGUACCCAGGCCUUUAGACAACAGAACCAGGCUGGUACCCAGGCUAUUAGAGAACAGAACCAGACUGGUACCCAGGCUUUUAGAGAACAGAACCAGACUGGUACCCAGGCUAUUAGACAACAGAACCAGACUGGUACCCAGGCCUUUAGAGAACAGAACCAGACUGGUACCCAGGCUAUUAGAGAACAGAACCAGACUGGUACCCAGGCUAUUAGAGAACAGAACCAGACUGGUACCCAGGCCUUUAGACAACAGAACCAGGCUGGUACCCAGGCUAUUAGAGAACAGAACCAGACUGGUACCCAGGCCUUUAGACAACAGAACCAGACUGGUACCCAGGCUAUUAGAGAACAGAACCAGACUGGUACCCAGGCCUUUAGACAACAGAACCAGACUGGUACCCAGGCUAUUAGAGAACAGAACCAGACUGGUACCCAGGCUAUUAGACAACAGAACCAGACUGGUACCCAGGCUAUUAGACAACAGAACCAGACUGGUACCCAGGCUAUUAGACAACAGAACCAGACUGGUACCCAGGCCUUUAGACAACAGAACCAGGCUGGUACCCAGGCUAUUAGAGAACAGAACCAGACUGGUACCCAGGCUUUUAGACAACAGAACCAGACUGGUACCCAGGCUAUUAGACAACAGAACCAGACUGGUACCCAGGCUUUUAGAGAACAGAACCAGACUGGUACCCAGGCCUUUAGACAACAGAACCAGACUGGUACCCAGGCUUUUAGACAACAGAACCAGACUGGUACCCAGGCUAUUAGAGAACAGAACCAGACUGGUACCCAGGCCUUUAGACAACAGAACCAGACUGGUACCCAGGCUUUUAGACAACAGAACCAGACUGGUACCCAGGCUAUUAGAGAACAGAACCAGACUGGUACCCAGGCCUUUAGACAACAGAACCAGACUGGUACCCAGGCUAACCAGGCUAUUAGAGAACAGAACCAGACUGGUACCCAGGCUAUUAGAGAACAGAACCAGACUGGUACCCAGGCUAUUAGAGAACAGAACCAGACUGGUACCCAGGCUAUUAGAGAACAGAACCAGACUGGUACCCAGGCUAUUAGACAACAGAACCAGACUGGUACCCAGGCUUUUAGACAACAGAACCAGACUGGUACCCAGGCUAUUAGAGAACAGAACCAGACUGGUACCCAGGCUUUUAGACAACAGAACCAGACUGGUACCCAGGCCUUUAGAGAACAGAACCAGACUGGUACCCAGGCUAUUAGACAACAGAACCAGACUGGUACCCAGGCUAUUAGACAACAGAACCAGACUGGUACCCAGGCUAUUAGACAACAGAACCAGACUGGUACCCAGGCUAUUAGACAACAGAACCAGACUGGUACCCAGGCUUUUAGACAACAGAACCAGACUGGUACCCAGGCUAUUAGAGAACAGAACCAGACUGGUACCCAGGCCUUUAGACAACAGAACCAGACUGGUACCCAGGCUAUUAGAGAACAGAACCAGACUGGUACCCAGGCCUUUAGACAACAGAACCAGACUGGUACCCAGGCUUUUAGAGAACAGAACCAGACUGGUACCCAGGCUAUUAGAGAACAGAACCAGACUGGUACCCAGGCUAUUAGAGAACAGAACCAGGUAGAAGGACUACCAGUUCCUGACUCUGUGUAUACUUCCAUAUUAACUCUUCAUUUACAAAUGUGAUAUUUAAUAUAUUUACUUGGCAAAGGUUUAUGUGACUGAAAAGUAAAGUAAAAAAAGUAAAGAGCAGUGCUUUUCUCAAUCUGAGUCUCUCUCAAUCUGAGUCUCUCUCAAUCUGAGUCUCUCUCAAUCUGAGUCUCUCUCAAUCUGAGCGUCUCUCUCAAUCUGAGCGUCUCUCUCAAUCUGAGCGUCUCUCUCAAUCUGAGCGUCUCUCUCAAUCUGAGCGUCUCUCUCAAUCUAAGCGUCUCUCUUAAUCUGAGUCUCUCUCAAUCUGAGUCUCUCUCAAUCUGAGUCUCUCUCAAUCUGAGUCUCUCAAUCUGAGUCUCUCUCAAUCUGAGUCUCUCUCAAUCUGAGUCUCUCUCAAUCUGAGUCUCUCUCAAUCUGAGCAUAUCAUUCAAUCUGAGCAUCUCAUUCAAUCUGAGUGAUUCCCGAUAUACAGUAAUAUGAGGCAUUAUGCAUUAACCUUGCCACAUGGCCCCAGUACAUCAUGUUAAUGGCUGUGUGUGUUGUGAUGUUCAGGUGAAUACUGGAUCGAUCCUAACCAGGGCUGUACUGGAGACUCCUUCAAGGUCUACUGUAACUUCACAGCUGGAGGAGAGACCUGUAUCUACCCCGACAAGAAGUCCGCCGGUGUACGUUACUGGGAAAUAACGUAUACAAUGCCUAUAGAUACAAGAACAAGUUGCAGUAAAUUUGAACCUGAAUUUUCACUGCAUUUUCAUACUCACUGUUAGACCUAUUCUGUAUAUAUAUUUUAUUCAGAGACAUUAACAGUUAGCAUGUUGUUUUAUUUCUAUGUAUUCUGUGUAACAGGUCAGAAUAUCUAACUGGCCCAAGGAGGCUCCAGGAUCAUGGUUCAGUGAAUUUAAACGGGGAAAAUAGUAAGUAUAGGAAAUAUCCAACUCUCAAAGCAGUUAUAGAUUUCUGAAAUUCAAAAUCACUUUCAAUGACAACUGUCACCAUUUCUCCAACUCUCCUCCCUCCCAUCCUCCCUCCCCUCUACCUCACCCUCUCCCCCUCCCCUCUUCCUCACCUCUCCCCCUCCCCUCUACCUCACCCUCUCCCCCUCCCCUCUUCCUCACCCUCUCCCCCUCCCCUCUUCCUCACCCUCUGUCCCAUCCCCUCUACCUCACCCUCUCCCCCUCCCCUCUAUCCUCACCCUCUCCCCUUCCCCUCUACCUCAACGCCCCCUCUCCCCCCUCCCCUCUACCUCCCCCUCUCCCUCCCCCUCUCCCCCCUCCCCCCUUACCUCACCCUCUCCCCCUUCCCUACCUCACCCUCUCCCCCUCCCUCACCUCCCCCUCUCCCCCUCCCCUCUACCUCCCCCUCUCCCCCUCCCCUCUACCUCACCCUCUGCCCCCCCUCCCCUCUACCUCACCCGCAUCGCCCCUCCCCUCUACCUCACCUCACCCCUCCCCCUCCUCCUCACCCUCUCCCCCUCCCCUCUACCUCCCCCUCUCCCCCUCCCCCUCCCCUCUACCUCCCCCCUUUCCCCUCCCCUCUACCUCCCCCUUUCCCUCCUCCCCUCUACCUCACCAUCUCCCCCUCCCCUCUACCUCACCCUCUCCCCCUCCCCUCUACCUCACCCUCUCCCCCAGUUGAACUACGUGGACAUGGAGGAGAACACCAUCCAGACGGUCCAGAUGACCUUCCUGAAGCUGCUCAGCUCAACGGCCCGUCAGAACUUCACCUACAUCUGCCACCAGUCCGUAGCCUGGUACGAUGCCAAGGCAGACGGCUACGACAAGGCUCUACGCUUCCUGGGUUACAACGACGAGGAGAUGUCCUAUGAUAAUAACCCCUUCAUCAAGGCACUGUCGGACGGAUGCUCAGUAAGGACACAGUAUAGAUUGUAUACAGAAUUUAGGUUAUAUUAUAAACAGUAUGUAGGUUAUAUUAUGUACAGGUUAAAUGAUAUACAAGUUAUAUUAUAUACAGGUUAUAUUAUAUACAGUAUUGAGGUUAUAUUAUAUACAGGUUAUAUUAUAUACAGUAUGCAGGUUAUAUUAUAUGCAGGUUAAAUUAUAUACAGUAUUGAGGUUAUAUUAUAUACAGGUUAUAUUAUAUACAGUAUUGAGGUUAUAUUAUAUACAGGUUAUAUUAUAUACAGUAUGUAGGUUAAAUUAUAUACAGGUUAUAUUAUAUGCAGGUUAUAUUAUAUACAGUAUUGAGGUUAUAUUAUUUACAGGUUAUAUUAUAUACAGUAUUGAGGUUAUAUUAUAUACAGGUUAUAUUAUAUACAGUAUGUAGGUUAAAUUAUAUACAGGUUAUAUUAUAUACAGUAUUGAGGUUAUAUUAUUUACAGGUUAUAUUAUAUACAGUAUUGAGGUUAUAUUAUAUACAGGUUAUAUUAUAUACAGUAUGCAGGUUAUAUUAUAUACAGUAUGUAAGUUAUAUUAUAUACAGGUUAUAUUAUAUACAGGUUAUAUUAUAUACAGUAUUGAGGUUAUAUUAUAUACCGGUUAUAUUAUAUACAGUAUGUAGGUGAAAUUAUAUACCGGUUAUAUUAUAUACACUACGAUAAUAACCCAUUCAUCCAGGCUCUGCUAUUGAUUGAGUCGGCCGCAACCGGGAGACCAAUUGGGCGGCGCACAAUUGGCCCAGCGUCGUCCAGGGUAGGGGAGGGAAUGGCCGGCAGGGAGGUAGCUCAGUUGGUAGAGCAUGGCGUUUGCAACGCCAGGGUUGUGGGUUCGAUUCCCACGGGGGGCCAGUAUGAAAAUAAAAAAAGUAAUGUAUGCACUAACUGUAAGUCGCUCUGGAUAAGAGCGUCUGCUAAAUGAUGUAAAAUGUAAAAAAUGGUUCCAUUGGAAAUUCCAUUGGUUUCAUUAGAGAUUUCAUUGGUUCCAUUAGAGAUUCCAUUGGUUUCAUUAGAGAUUUCAUUGGUUCCAUUUGAGAGUCUAUUGGUUCCAUUGGAGAUUCCACUGGUUCCAUUGUACUGGGUAGAUGGUGACAUUGUUGCAUUGUUACUAAAUGGUCUACCAAACAGUAGUUACUGGUAGAUAUUGAUUGAUCCUGGUAACUGGUAGAUAUUGAUUGAUCCUGGUAAAUAGUAGAUAUUUAUUGAUCCUGUUAACUGGUAGUUCUUUAUCAGAUCUUGAUCACCACAGUAACUCUCUCCCUCUCCCUUCCCUUCCCCUCUCCCCCCUCCUCCGUCUUCCCUUCCACUCUCCCCCCUCCUCCGUCUUCCCUUCCACUCUCCCCCCUCCUCCGUCUUCCCUUCCCCUCUCCCCCCUCCCCCAUCUUUCCUUCCCUCUCCCCCUCCUCCAUCUCCCUUCCACUCUCCCCUCCUCCUCUUCCCUUCCCCUCUCCCCCCUCCCUCCUCUUCCCUUCCCCUCUCCCCCCUCCCUCCCUUCCCUCUCCCCCUCCCCCUCCUCCUCCCUCUCCCCCUCCUCCCCCCCUUCUUCCCUUCCCCUCUCCCCCUCCCCCAUCUUCCCUUCCCCCUCUCCCCCCCUCCUCCCAUCUUCCCUUCCCUCCUCCCCCCUCCCCCAUCUUCCCUUCCCCUUUCCCCCCCUCCUCCUCUUCCCUUCCCCUCUCCCCCCCCCUCCCUCUUCCCUUCCCCUCUCCCCCCUCCUCCAUCUUCCCUUCCCCUCUCCCCCCUCCUCCAUCUUCCCUUCCCCUCUCCCCCCUCCCCCAUCUUCCUUCCCUCUCCCCCCUCCCCCCUCUUCCCUUCCCCUCUCCUCCCCCCCUCCUCCCUCUUCCCUUCCCCUCUCCCCCCUCCUCGCCCCUCUUCCCUUCCCCCCUCUACCCCACUCCUCCGUCUUCCCUUCCACUCUCCCCCUCCGCCGAUCUUCCAUCCACUCCUCCCCCCUCCCUCUCCUCCCCCCCCUCCCCAUCUUUUCCCUUCCACUCUCCCCCCUCCUCCGUCUUCCCUCCCCUCCUCCCCCCUCCCCCAUUCUUCCCUGCCCCUCUCCCCCCCCGCCGUCCUUCCCGUCCACUAUCCCCCCCCCUCGCCCCUUCCCUUCUAUCUAUCCCCUCCAGCUGGAAGUCCGGGCUACUCCAAGACGGUGAUGGAGAUCAACACUCCUCGUAUCGACCAGGUGCCCAUCAUCGACGUCAUGUUCAAUGACUUUGGCGAACCCAACCAGCGGUUCGGUUUCGAGGUGGGCCCUGUCUGCUUCAUGGGC